AUGAACGCGCAAUUAUUCAGAAAAUCUAACCACGUAUUGGCGUCUGCGUGUCGGCUAUCCAGACAACCUAGCCUCCAAACUAGGUCAUUUGUCACUGGGGCCCAAAGGUUGCAUGCCCUUAGCAUCGAAAACAGCAUUGCCGCCAAAUGGAAGAACACUUCCAGCCAGCCUAAGCAAUGGAGACUGGGAACGAUGGCCACGGUGUCUGUUGGACUCGGGUUGGCCGCAUUUGCUGGGAAACAAAUCUAUUGCGAACCCAGUGUUUCCCCCAAAUCUCGCGGCUUUUCUGCUGCGGCGCAUAAUCCUGGCCCAGGAAACUCAGGCCCGGACCCCUUGCCUCCUCCUCAAUCCAGCUUGAGCACAUAUGAACUUACUUUUGGGUCGGUAGCUGGGAUCUGUGCUGGUGUGUUCGUUAAAAAGGGUGCAAAAGCACUGGCAUUUUUCCUGGGUGGAAUUUUUGUCUUAUUACAGUACUUCAAUGCAAUCGACAUUAUAAAACCAACUGGGGCGCUGCCUCAGCUCGGCGAACCUCGUCGCCCUGCGACCAUAUCGACGUUAUGGUCAUGGCUUGUGGACUUCCUGACUGCAGACUUCCCGCCGCGCGCAACUUUCCUAGCUGGAAUGAUCCUCGGCCUUCGUCUUGGUUAA